AUGUCCACAUUCACAGGGAAAACCAUCCAGGUAUCGACGCGCUGCAGCGGAGGUGAACGCGGCACGAUGCGCCCCGUUAAAGACCCUUCUUUAUGUUACUUUACCAACACAAAACCUCCUCCGUCCAGCGGCGCAUCUUGGCCCCUCUCCUCCCCGCGCGUAAAGACUGAGCCCGGCUGCGCACUCUGGCAAGUCCACGGUGGAAGAAGCCUGCGUCCAGAGCAACCCCCGCGUUCCGCUGCUGUUACUUCAGUGAGAGACGUGCGUCGGAAUGGCAACAGUGGGACAGUCUUCACCUCGGGGGCUGGGGGCUCCAGCGGCGCCAACACACAAGGCAGAGGGGACACGGGCUUCCGGUGCGCGUCUACAUAA